UAGCCUAGACACUCUGCUCCCUCGCAUGACCCGCUAGUCUCCAUUCACAAAUCUGCUCUUUAUUCAUCGCCAAAAGUUCAUGCCGGUACACCCUGUAAUGAUAGUAUGCACUCUCUCAGCUGGCAUUCACCCAGUACACCAAGUACGCGUUUUCGACAACAUGUUCUCAUAUGUUACUGCCGGCUUCGUCUGAUACGGUACAGAACAGUGAAAUCAAAUUUUGAGUUGAGAUUUCAUGAGUAUAAACUAUUGUUUGGCAAAUUGUACGUAUGCCGCAUCGAAGAGUAGCUCCCGAGGAUUCAGCGCCACACUCCCCUCUGGUAUCGCUCCAGGUCGCGAUGAGCGUCCCCUGCAUCCUCACCUCAGCCGCUCGAAGCCUCACCCUGCCGGCUCCGGCCGCCGCUCUGCUCCGCUGCAGGGCGCUGGUCCCCGCCUGCAUCAGAAGGAGAAAUAUGUCAUCCAAAAGACAAAUGGACCAUCUAGAGAGGACAGCGAACAACUACAGACAAAAUGAUCUGUAUCCAGCUCAAGUGUGCGGCAUCAUAAACGAGUCAGAGACGGUGAAACGCCUGAGGCUUGCCGUCCAUCCAGACUUCAACUUCAAAGCAGGACAGUGGGUGGACUUCUUCAUCCCCGGCCUGGAGAAGGUGGGCGGUUUCUCCAUGUGUUCCAGCCCUGGCCUGCUUCAGAGGGAGGGUGUCAUUGAGCUCGCAGUCAAAUACAGCAAACACCCGCCGGCACACUGGGUCCACACCAUGUGUACUGUGGGUUCCCGCGUAGCCAUGCGAGUGGGCGGGAACUUCUUCUUCGACCCGUUGCCCUCCGACCCCUCUGUUGAUCUGCUGCUGGUGGCCGGAGGCGUGGGCAUCAACCCGCUCUACUCCAUCCUGCUGCACACUGCCGACCUGCUGCAUCUCAACCAUGCAUCCGAUGGGCAGGAUUACCACAUAGGCUCCACUCACCUCUGCUACAGCGCAAAGAACACCCAGGAAUUGCUCUUCAAGGACACCAUCGUCGAUGUAUGUCGGGAGUUCCCAGACAAGGUCUCCUGUAACUUCCACGUCACCAAAGAGAGCACAGAUGUCGACCCGCACCUCCAGCCAUUUGUCAGCUGUGGGAGGAUCACAAAGGUAGAGUUGCAGGCUCAUGUGGACCCCCAGAGGACUGUGUGUUACCUGUGUGGGCCCCCGCCCAUGAUCGAGGCCAUCUCACAGACCCUUGUAGACCUUGGCCUCCCCCAAGACAGAAUCCUCUUCGAGAAGUGGUGGUAGAGCUUCGUCCCACAGCUUCCUGUGACUCCCAGAAAUCCACAGGAAACUAAACAGUGGUCCAAAACAGCUUGUCCUCACCUUUACCCUUUUUGUAGUCUAUAGCAGGGGGACUUAGGGGUGUGAUGUGAAUGAAGAUAGACUAAAAUAUUGCUCUGCUAUGGACAUUAAUGUGAGCCUAUAUGCUGUAAUUCCCACCUAUAGGUGUGGGAAUUGAACCCACAAUCCCUGAUGUUGUGAGUGCCGUGCUACAAUCUAUAUGACUUACCCUCACCUGCCAAGUAUAAACUGUGCAGUGUCGUGUGAAGACACAUUUAGAGGACCUGUCCGCUAUCUGUUACCAUGCCUACGAGGUAUCAAGGAUCAGAUAAACAAACCUUCAGUCAGACUCAGAAGGCUGGACCACCCUCUCUUCUGCUGGUACCUGACAGGUUGAAUUCACAAAGACCAGAAAGAUCGAAUUUUUUUUUUCUUACGAUCUGAAAGGACAGACUGAGAAGACCAGAAGCUCAUGGGCUUUUAAUAAGUAAAUCCAUCAGCUCAUGCAACACGUCUGCAUCUCUGAUGACCCCUACAUGUGUGUGACGGACACUUUCACGACACAACUGUUACACAGCUUACAGUUUCACCCUGCAUUCAUGUGGUGGUGGAUUUAUCUUGUACACAAACUUCCCACCAAGAAGUACCACCUCAAUGCUCUGCUAUGUCGAGUGUCUGAGUUGGAGAAAUCGGCACAAAAAAGCCCGACUUGUAGCAUAAUUGCUCUGCCUAGCGUGGCUAAACAGAGCACAGGUCAGUUUCAUAAAAUCGAGGCUGGAAAUGAACCACAGGGACAAAUUUAAGAGACGAGAUUAUUCCUCGAUGACUGUAGUGCUGUAACAUGCACUCUCCUGUGGUGCUUACUUGAAUGUCCCCCGAAACAGCUGGAGAUUCUGUGCUAGCAUGGCUGUCGUUGACCGCUAAUGUUCAUGUUGGAUUUUCCGACCAUAAGCACAUGAACCAAAACUACUCUGCUGAGUUAUGUUUGUGAAACUCGUAUACCUGAUAAAUCCAACACCACGUGUGUGCAGGGUCUCCUCAUUUUCCUGUAUCAACACACUUGACUGAGGUGCUGCCUGAACAAAAGCACAUGUUGAAGCUUAUCAGUCCACCUUCACUGAAAUGUUCAUUUACUAAUUCACCUACAGAAUUAGGAUUUUGAGCAUGUUGUGGAUAAAUGCAUACCUGUACUAUUAUUUUGCACUGUACAUACUAUCUGCAUACAGCGUUUUAUGAGUAACUAUUUUAUUCAAUUUGAAUACCUCUGCAUACUGAUUUAAUGGAUAAAAUAGUUUUAAGGGUGUUUUCAGGUAGGAAGCAAAACAUUUACAUGUGUGUACAUUCAUGUAUUCUAAGAGAAGCAACUAAGAACUAUUUAUUUAAGAUUUAAAGGAGGUAUAGAGACUUGUGUUUGGCUGUUAAGGUUGAGUUACUAGAAUGAUCAUGUUUUUUCAGAUUUUCCUCACAUUGGAACAUCACACCAUAUUUUUAGAGUGAGAAACUUAACUAUCUCCCACAUAUUGGCUAGUGGCCCCAUAUCUCUGCUUUGCUCACUUACACUUAACACACAUUCACACACACACUGCCUGUCUCACACACAUUUGCUCACAUGCACACUGCUCUCCAAUCACACACAUUCGCACAAACUCAUAAAUGGGUUCUCAUACUGGGGUGAAGCGAGUAUCCCAUGGUGCACUGUAAUGGAACCUCCAGGUGGUCUCUGAUUGGCUAGGAUCACCAAGCAUCCCUCAGAGAUGUUUGUGAGUUUCUUCUUCUCAUCCCUCAGUGGGGGGAGGGUGCGUUUUCAAAACUCAUUUUUUGAGUUGUUUCUGCAUUUCUUCCUCAUUUGAGGACAAGCGAUCUACGCCAGUAACUGAGAAUGUUACAGGAAAUAAAGGAAAUGGAGUCA